GUGUUCUUUGAAUCCAGGAAUCAGCAAACAUAUUCUUGUGAACUUGAUUGGGGUUGCAGAAGGAUUUGAGACUUCUCAAUUUCUUUAGUGGGUAUGAAUUGAAGGGAAUCUUAGAAAUCGCGGAGGCAAGCAAAAGUAAAAAUAUGCUUGAAGCUUUGGUAAGAGAAGGAUCAUUCAAAUGGUUACUUAGCAAGCGAAGCUCCUUUGCAGAGGAAGUUGAGGAUCUGCAGAACUCUCCAUCUGCAGGAAGGAAUUGGAUACCUGGGCUGUCUCCAGUUGCAAAUAUCAUUGUGCGCCGCUGCUCAAAAAUCCUGGGAACCUCUUCAAAUGAGCUUCUAGAGUGCUUCAAUGCUGAGGCAUCUGAUUCUUUGAAGUCACAGCAUGCGAGGAAUUUUUUGGAAUACUGUUGUUUCAGGGCUCUUGGUCUGUCUACCCGAGUAAUGGGUUAUCUAGCUGAUAAAAAGUUUCGACGUCUUACAUUUGACAUGAUGAUUGCUUGGGAAGCCCCAGCAGCUGCCAGCCAAUAUCCAGUUGAUUUAGAUGAUGAUCUCUCAGUUGGGGUGGAAGCCUUCACUCGAAUAGCACCAGCAGUUCCAAUCAUUGCUAAUGUGGUUAUUUGUGAAAAUCUUUUCAAUGUUCUUACAUCUUCAACAACUGGUCGACUUCAUUUCUCUGUCUAUGAUAAGUACCUAAAUGGACUAGAAAGAGUGAUAAAAAGGAUGAAGAGCCAAAUGGAGUCCUCUCUUCUGUAUUCUUUUCGAGCAUCAAGUGGAGAAAAGAUACUUGAGGUGGAUGGGACAGUCACAACUCAACCAGUUCUUGAACAUGUUGGAAUGUCAACAUGGCCAGGUCGACUAAUACUGACUGAUCACGCAUUGUACUUUGAAGCCCUUAAAGUUGUAUCUUAUGAUAAACCUAAAAGAUAUGAUUUGUCGAAUGAUCUAAAACAAAUUGUUAAACCUGAGUUGACUGGACCAUGGGGUACUCGGCUUUUUGACAAGGCAGUGUUGUACAAAUCAAUUUCCUUAUCCGAACCAGUUGUUAUAGAGUUACCUGAGCUUAAAGGGCACACUCGGCGUGAUUACUGGCUAGCAAUAAUCCGGGAAAUUUUAUAUGUUCACAAAUUUAUAAACAAGUACCAUAUAAAGGGAGUUGAAAAGGAUGAUGCACUUUCAAAAGCUAUUCUUGGAAUUUUACGUGUGCAAGUCAUUCAAGAAAUAAGUUCCUCAAACUCUGUUCAGUUUGAGUCUCUUCUCAUGUUUAACCUUUGUGAUCAAUUACCUGGGGGAGAUUUGAUAUUGGAGACUCUCGCAAAAAUCUCAAAUUCUAGGAAAUUAGAACAGGGUAGUAAUAAAGUGGCUGGAGCUGGCAUGCACUCAAUCUCAGCCUUGGCAAUGGUUUCAAACUUAGGUUUUGUGUUUGGUUCAAGUUCCAGUAGUCAAAGUGAGGAUGGGCUUCUUGUUGGUGAAAUAGUUGUGGGUGAGAUGAGCUUAUUGGAGAGAGCAGUUAAGGAAUCUAGUGAAAACUAUAAAGAGGUGGUGCAAGCACAAGAAACAGUCGAUGGGGUUAAAGUAGAUGGUAUUGACACCAAUUUAGCUGUUAUGAAGGAGUUACUAUUUCCAGUGACAGAAGUUGGGAAGCAGCUUCUUUCCAUGGUAUAUUGGGAUGAUCCUCCAAAGUCGUUAAUGUUCUGUUUUCUUUUCACGUUCAUAAUUUUCAGGGGAUGGCUGGCUUAUGUCUUUGCAUUGAUGACACUGUUUUUCUCUAUCUUUAUGGUUCUUACUCGACUUUUCAAUCAAGGCAGGCCCGUGGAUGAAAUUAAGAUAAUAGCACCUCUACCUAUGAACACAAUGGAUCAGCUUUUGGCUGUUCAGAACGCAAUAUCUCAAGUCGAACAGCUUAUCCAAGAUGGAAACAUAGUUCUUCUCAAGUUUCGUGCCCUGUUGCUGUCCAUUUUCCCAAAGGCAAGCGAGAAAUUUGCGGCCACUCUUCUGUUUGCAGCUUUGAUACUGGCUUUAGUGCCCGGGAAAGUACAUGUUGCUACUGAUAUUUCUGGAGACAUUUACGAGAUACUCGCCGCCGAGGAAGGCGAGCACGGAAAGAUGGAUGAGGAGAUUGAGAGAAUGGUGGUUCAGCAUCCCAGCAGCUCCGGUGGUACUUGAAAUAGACAAGGAAGAUAAGAAGAGAAAGUGAUAGUAUGUUAAUUUUGUUGUUUUUUAGUUUUAACUGUACAUAAUUUCUGCUCCUGUAUGUAAAGUAAUGAUGAUAUAUAAGAACAUU